CAAGCGCAACGCAUCAGUGUGGAAAGUCCCUAAUUAUACGACAAGGUUGCCACGCACUGGAACACUCUGUCAUUCGAAAUACAACACAGGUGUCUUGUAGGUCAUAGAGUCAGUUAAAAUCUUUCCUUGGAAGUAGAGAUCAAGAUCAGAGCGGAGAAAUUCCCAAGCGGUCUCUUCUCUGCGUCAUCUCUCUUCUAAAUCUCUUCCUUCGUGUUUCGCCUUUUCCCUUUCUCCCUUCUCCGCUCUCCUUCUCGUUGUCCUUUUCUCUCGGUCUUCGUAACGCACGUGCGCUUCAGUUCAGCAGCGGCGUCUGCUUAGGAAAGAUGAUUGUCGAAUUCUGUACUGCCUGCGCGCUCGCCGCUUUCGUUGCACUGGUAUACCUGUGCUAUUUUUACAAAAUUAAUUGGAUUCGGGAUUUAACAGACACAGAUCCAAAAUCUUCAAGUUUAAUGGCGAAAUACAGGACGAACGUAAACCAGACGUUGAAAAAUUUGCCACCGGUUUAUCCUAACGGCUGGUUCGGUCUGCUCGAGAGUAGCAGUCUCGAGAAUGGACAAGUAGAACACGUGGCAGCGCUUGGUCAAAACUUUGCAGUCUUCAGAACCGAGAGUGGCGUGGUACGAGUCGUAGACGCUUUCUGCCCACAUUUAGGAGCUAACAUGGCUGAAGGCGGUAAAGUCAUAGGAGAGGACUUGGAGUGUCAUUUUCAUAGUUGGCGUUUUUGCGGCGAGACUGGAAACUGCACGACUAUUCCCUACACCAAAACUGUACCAUCGAAUAUAAAAGCCAAAGUGUGGGAAAGCAUUGAGGUGAAUGGAUCGAUAUUUGUGUGGCAUCACGCGGAAAACGUAGCGCCCUAUUGGUGGCCGCAGAAAGAGGAAGCGAUCGCAAAACACAGCUUGCUGUAUCAAGGACGUAACGAGUAUUACGUCAAUUGUCACAUCCAGGAUAUUCCGGAAAACGGCGCAGACUGGGCCCACCUGGGCGCUAUCCACGGUCCAGCUAUGCUGCCGACGGACAUGUUCACCAAGAUAAUGCACCACAGAUGGACCAAUAUAUCCUGGUCAACCACUUCUCAAAACGAGUCAACCGCUGACGACUCGGAAGAGCAAAACAAGGAAACGCACAUCGCCCAUCUUACGCUCCAUCACGAUCUUAUCCUCUUCGAUAAGUUCUCCAUCCUCACCCUGAAAGUAAAGGGCCGACAGGUAGGCCCAGGCUGCGUCGAGAUAAAUCUCGAAAGUGCCUUGGGACCCAUGUUCAUAGUGCAGACGGUCACUCCGGUGCAGCCACUCGUUCAUCGGGUCACGCAUACGAUGUACGCUUCCAGAUUCGCGUCUUUUUACUCAAAAAUCGUCUUCAUAGGCGAGUGCAUCAUGUUCGAGCGGGACAUGCGCGUGUGGAAUCACAAAAAGUUCAUGCAUAAUCCUGCACUGGUCAAGGAGGAUAGGACGAUAAAGGCCUUUCGCAAAUGGUACCAGCAGUUCUACUCGGAAAACAGCCCGACCUACGAGUCGUGCAAAGCAUCCUUGGACUGGUGAAGGUUUCUAUAUGAUUUUUGUAUCGAGUAGAAAAUUCACUUACUGAGUCAACAGCAGAGUUAUAGAUUAAUCGAUACUAAUUUGAUAUCGCGAUAAAUUGCAUAUGCCGAUAAUAUUUUACACAUACUAUGACGAGGCAUGCGUGCUAUUUAACUAAAUUGAACGAAUAAAAAAUAUUUGCCGAUCUAUACUGACGAUGCGUGCAUAUUAUAAUUGCUUUGAAAAAAGCCGAUUGGGACUGGCCUUUAACCUAUACUGCUUAAAUCUUUAGCUUGCGGAGAAAUUCAAAUUCUUUAUCACUAAAAUGUAAGCACUCAGUGCAUAUCCUGUUUAGCGGUGUACCAUCUAUACGGCAAGACCGCCACGUUUACGAGGAUACUGUUUGUGUAGCUUAUGCUACAGCUUUCAUAAUGUGUAUUAUAUAUUUAUAAGAAUGACACUAAAUGAUUUUUGUACAGUAUUCAAAUCACGAAUAAUUUCAACAAUUUUAUUCGUGACAUUUUUCCUCCCAAAAAAUUACACUCAAUACUCAAAUGAGCGUGUAUGUAGAGCAAACUUGAUGUUUUAAUUAUAUCAAUAUUAAUCGAACUUUAUCUCAACGAAGCCACGCAAAGCUAAUUGUAUCUCCAUCGCUAAAUUCUGAUAUACCGCCGUCAAUACUUGCGACAGAACGUCACAGGUACAAGAAUCGUCGUAAGUUAUCAUUAUAAAAUAUUACUUUCAUAUUAAAUAAAGUAUAUGCAAAAAGUCUA